AUGGUUCACGAGGAUGGUGGCUUAGUUAGUGUUGAUAAGUCAUAUUGGCAGUACGUCAGAGAGGAAACUGACCGUGAGGUGUUCUUUCGCUGGAAUGGGUUCCGUUGGUACAAUGCGUGCGUUGAGGUCUUCGACGAACGCGAGGCUGCGGAAAUUGAUAUGGAGGGAGGUCCGGGAACAGGGAUCCACGAUCCCAUUCAUUUGGACGAUGUCGAGUCACUUGACGAUAGCGGCGACGACGAUAUGGAAGACCUCCCUGUUGACGAAGACGAAGAACAUGUUGUAGAAGCACCAGCCCCAGUGGAUGUCGCCGGUGCUGUUGUCGGUGAGGGAAUGGAAGUGGAUAGCGAUGCUGAGUCGUGCGUCCAGUCAGAGUAG